CCAACAAGGACGGUUUUAUCACCAGCGGGACAACAACAGAAAUAAAUCAGUGCAAAUCGUAGCAGAAACGCCCUGUCUGAGAGGUCGUGUCCAGCCAGUUAUGGUUUCCAUCUCAUGCUUGACAAUUUUAUUGUAUGCUUUGAAAUUGACCCAAAUUCAUGGUGACCAUGACAUUUUGUUGAACUUGAAACACUCCAUUAACGUAUCCGAAAUGGCACUCAGUGUCAAAUAUUUCAACGAAGUCUUCUUUGUAAAGGAAACCUCUGAAUUGAGUGUCAUAAGGAGUGCCAACGAUACAAUGGCUAACAGUUAUUUUGAUGUAUUGUUAAAUGAAAUAAUGAAACCUUUGAAUAACAUGAAACUACGAUUGAAUAAUGCGGAGACAAAUUACGACCAUGAGUAUAGUUAUUUCAAUAUUGCCCUUAUCGAUUCUUUUGAUAAUUUUCGCAAAAUCAAUCCCGGUCCUGCCUCAAGAGGCCAAGAUUUUAGCGAGUAUUAUCUCAUAGUGUUCUAUGGUAGAGAUACAAAUUAUAAUCAAGAAAUGCAAAAAAUAUUUGAAUACUGUUGGCACUACUACAUAGCGAAUGUUGCUCUGCUAUUUACUUUAGAAGGACAAUCCAUUGAUUUAUUUACUUAUUAUCCUUUCACUCCCAAUCAUUGUCAGAGACCACAAAUACGAAAAAUUAAUGAGGGAUCUCGACAAAUAAUGAAUUUAAGCCCCAAUGAGCUGUAUCCUGAGAAAUUUUUAAAUUUUCAUAAUUGUACCUUGGUGGCAGCCGUAUGGGAUGUUCCACCCUAUUUAACGUUGCCUGAAACGGAAAGACGUCCCUAUCAAUUUGGAGGAGUUGAGGGUCUUUUGUUGGAUAUAAUGGCUGGAGUUUUAAAUUUUGAUUUGGAUUACAAAAUACCACCGAACAAUGAGCAGAGAGGAUUGGUGAAAAAAGAUGGCAAUGUCACGGGAGCCAUUAAAAUGUUAAAUGAACGCAUAGCUGAUGUAAGUCUGGGCUCAUUUCGCUGUACUUUGGAGCGAUCAACAGUACUAACGCCUACAGCGACCUUCUACCAGACAAUGCAAGUCUUUACGGUGCUGGCCCUGAAGCAAGCUUUGGGAAGCUUUGAAGUCAUCACCUACCCCUUUGACAUAUACAUAUGGAGCGUAUCAUUGGGUCUCACUGCAAUGCUGGUAGCUUCAACCUACAUCUUCAAUUUGUUCUACAAAAAUGCAUUGGAAAUUAUCUACGAAACCACAUCGCUAUCAGUAAUUAGCGCCAAUAUCAUAGCCAUUACGUUGGGCCAACCGACGAUAGGCAAACAAAAACGCAGCAUGACCAGAUAUUUUAUCUUCAUAUGGGUUCUCUGGACAUUUGUAUUGCGAUCCACAUACCAGGGAGCCCUAUUCGAUUUUCUCAACUCUCAGAGAACCAUAGAACCACCGGAUAGCUCAAAGGAGUUGGUGGAACGCCACUACACCUUGGUAGUCAAUUUGGCCACCAGUGAUGCCUACUCUGGGGUUGCUCCCAUACGCGAUAAGCAAUUGAAAGUGCAAAUUAUGAAUGUAACAGAUACGGGAGGAUUUCCUGUGUUGGAGGAGAAUUCCAAUAAGCCCUAUGUUACUGGAACGCCCAGGGAUUUUCUUGUACAUUAUGUCAAUGUGCAUAGGAAAUUUGGAGUAUUUCAUGUACUACCCGAAUCCGUGUUUUCUCAACAGUUAUGCAUCUAUUUCUCCAAGCAUUCCUAUUUGGUGACCUCUUUUGAUCGCAUACUUCUAAAUCUUCGUAGUUUUGGCCUUAUCAACCAUUGGGCAAAGCAAGUAUUCGAUGACAGAUUUUUGGCCACAUCACCUGAAAAUGCGGAGACCAAAGCAUUAAGUCUUUCCCAUUUGUCUAGUGUUUUUAUGUUGGGCAUUUAUAUGUAUGCAUCUGCGGCGAUUGUAUUUUUCCUAGAAAUUAUCUGGUAUAGAUGUUAUGAGAAGCGGAGACUUGAUAUAUAUUAA